AUGAAAUACAUUAUUCUGAUUGCACGCUUGCAGCAGUGGGCAUGGGAUUACCUUUUAUUCCAACCCUUCUUUCAGCAUCGUGAUAUUGAGUUAUCAGACUAUGUUGAUGACCUUACUGUAACGUGUUAUGAAAAUAAUAAUAAUGCUGAGUUUGGGGAUUCAUCAGUGGAGUGUGCUGUUUGCUUAUGCAGAAUUGGUGAAGGGGAUGAGAUUAAACAGCUGAGAUGCAACCAUCUGUAUCACAGAGUUUGCUUGGAUAGGUGGGUAGGUUAUGGGCACAGAACAUGUCCACUCUGCCGGUAUAACCUAAAGCCGCCACCACUACUGGCUGACCUCCACCAUGCAGAAGCGGAGGUGAUACUUAUUAACUUCUGCGCCACCAGAUCAAGGGACCACCGCCGUACGUGGUGGCUGCGCUAG